AUGCGAACCGCUCUAGAUAAAUUCAACAACCUAGAAUGCAGUAAUGCUUGCCCAUUCCCACGCUCCUUGGAGUUCGAUCAAGUGAAGAACCCGGAAGCAGACGUUUGGUUACGAUCGGAGUUUGUUGGUUCUGACUCGCCAGUACCCAUAACCGUUAGACGUAGAGCAAUCGAUCUGUACCAUCUGCUGGAUAGAGCUAAAGAAGAGGUGACCUUACUUCAGGAAGAGAUGAGAAACGUAGUUGAACACUUCAGCGGGCAGCACGCGACGUUUUCCAGUUCGUUAAAAGAUGCCACGAUAUCUCCUUUGUCCUUAGAGGAGUUAGGGAAAAUAUAUUUCCGAAAAUGA